ACUCAUUACAUUUCCAUAAAGUCACAUAUACGCUUCGCAGUGAACAAGCACAACUCAUAGAACUUGAGUUGACAUUCUCUUCUAUUUUUUAUUUGACCAAAAUUUGGCUUAACGACCUUCUCUGCGCAAUUUUUUUGACUUCAACUUCAACCUAGGCUGGCCGUUUUCGGCGUUUGCCGAUAAUGUGAAUUGACCAAACUUCGGCUCAGCCAAAAGCUGUUACAAUUGGAAGUGUGUAGUAGAGCUGAGAUCUGAGAAUAUAAAGCGAAGGUAGAAAGAGUAGCAACUUGUAAAAAAUAUAUAUCAACCAUACAACAACAGCAAUAACAACAAUCAAAAAUACCAAUCGCGUCCAGAAACAAUAGAAAAAUGGAAUAAUAACAAAAACAGCAAUAACAACAAUUCGGCGUUGUAAUUUUCUGCGCUGCCUCUUUCUUCGCACCUGCACUACCGGCUCGGGCGAUCAUCAUUUUGCCGCUACGUUAGUUUAUUGCUUUUUGCGCUGUUUUUGCUGCUCAUCUUCUGCUCCACUAUCUUCCUCAUGCUACAUUUUGCGCCUCUGCUGCCUCUCUUACCCCCUUUCGUUAACUUUUCAAUUUUACUGUUUGUCUUCUUCCACGCAUUCGUUUGCUUUCAUCAAAACACACCUCGGCUCGCACCCGAUUGGAGUUCGUAUCUUAAGUCUUUGGUUAGCCAAAGUUCAGUUUCUUCAUGUACGUCGUCAGUGCUGGUUGUGUCUAUCGGUUGAUUAAGACUCAUUUGACUUAAAACUUGUCAGCAUAAACAAAUCUAAAUAUAAAACAAAUACAAAUACAAAUACAAUUUAUAACUGUUGCAAAUAAAGUGAAAAGCAUAAACAGCAAUUUAACGUGUUUUAUCGUGUUCGUGCGUGUUUGUGUAUGUUGAAAAUUGCAUAAAUAUUGAUUUUAUAUAGAAAAAUCAAAUAGUAACAAAAGUGUGCAAUAUAUUUUUCAGAAAAUUCUGUCGCAAAAACAAGCAGUUCUGCUCAUUGAAUUUUCUUUCCAUCGCGCUCGCAAAGUAAGUGUGUGCAAAAACAAUUUUGUAGCUGUGUGCGCGUGUGUUUGUAUUACUGCCUGGCUGCUGUUGCUGCUGCUGUGAAAGUGCAAAUAAAAGUUGUUAAACUUGUAAGAAAAUAAUUAAAUGCGCUGAAAGCUCUUCUAUAAUGAUUCUAAGUGAAAUUUUGUUGCCCUAAAAAAUGUAGAAAAAUUUGCAUACAACAACAACAGUGUUAGUGUUGUGAAUGGUGUAAAAACAAAAUUGUAAUAGAAAACACAAAACAUAUACAGAAACGCGCUUGAAUUGUUUGCAACAACAACAAAAACAGAAACUAAUAAUUUUCCACAACGCAAAGUGUUGCGAAAUUAAUAUCAAAGGCGAAAAUUAAAUCGUUAUUCGCUACAAUUGUACAACAAGAAAUUGUUUUGUCGACAAUUUAAUGAGCCUCAGCGGUAUUGUCGCAUUGCAUUUGCCUCAAAUUUUUUUCCACAGGAAUAAUUAAUUUCAACCUAAAAACUGACUGCCACAUAAACACAGAAACUCAAUUAAAUUGAAGAAACAACAACAAAAACAAAAACCCAAAAAUAAUAUUAUUGAAAACCAGAAAACUUUUGCACUUUUGCGGUGUUCGCAAACCACCAACAACCUACGCUCGACCAGCACAACAACACCAACAACCCACCAGCCUGGAGACUGGAGUUGUUGGCUAAGUAAUAUUUAUUGCUUUUUGAAUUUUGGCCAAGUCACAAGAUUACAGUAAAGAAAUACAUAUAAAAAAUGGCACUACGCCUGCGACGUGAUGUACAAAAGGCAUCCUAUUAUGUUUGGUUUCUGGGCGCCGAGGAGGCGAAAGGUUUGCGCGGUACACGCGUCAUCAACUCAGUGCUGCCGUAUCUGAUUGAUCGGUCACGCGGCCAAGAGCCACUCAAGGUGACGCUGCAGGUCUCCCACAAGGGUAUCAAAAUAUUGCAGGGCUCCUCAAAACAUUUCAUACCACACAGUGCCAUAACCAGUUCCGUGCAAACAGAUGAUAUCGUUGCAUGCGUUUUGUUGCUAUAUAAUCCGGCAACAAAAUGUCCACUGCACGUACACGCCUACCGUUGCGAUUCCGAGUCCACAGCCGAGGCGUUGCAUCAACAGCUCCAAAUACUAAUCAAUCGGCCAGAUAAUCAAAAACGCUUUGAGGAAUUGGAAACACGUUUGGGCAUUUUACCGCCAUUGCCCACGUCCGGCGGCAGCAGCAACAGCAGCAAUGGUAAAUCUGCAGCCCACAUGUCUAGCAAUGGUCACAGCAAUGAACACAGCAACAGCAGCAAGUCCAAACAUUACUUGUCACAACAACAGCAAUCACAACUGCUACAUCAGCAACAGCAACAACAUCAGCGCCGCCACGACUCGUCACCCAAACGAUUUAGUUCGUCGCUGGGCAGCGAUACUGGCAACAGCACACGCGAAUCUGAAUGCAGCGAAGAGCACAGCGGCGGCUCGCCCGUUUCACGUUCACCGCCAGUCACGGCGACCACAAAACCACUGCCACUGCCUCAGCCCACUAGCGAGCUAUUCGAUUCCUUAGCCGCGGAGCUGCGUGCCAAAUUGAAUGGUAACGGACCGCCUUUGUUACUGCCGCCACGUGACUACGAUACCGUACAUCGUUCCAAGGGUAAUUUGACAGCCAUCGAGCUGCGUCGCUGCCGGAAUGCAUUGAUUGUGGGCGGCGCCACACCCAAUGAGACAGCAGUGCCGGUCGGUGGCAAGCAAGUCUCAUCACGCGGCUCAUCGGGUAUCGGUUCGGAUUUGGCACCGAGUCCAGAGCGACAGGAUUUGAACAGUUCGAGUGAGGAUGAGCAGUGGUCUAACGAAGCGGAUAACUCAGUCAUUGCACUCAAACCGUCACAGAUCGCUAUGGAACGUUCACCGCCUAUAAUUCCCCAUCAUCCACAGUUGAAUCGUAAGAGCGCCGUUCAACCACCAGAAGACAGUUAUUUGCGCGAUUUACCCGCAAAGCCGUAUACACCGCGCCAAAGCGCGCAUCGUGAGAAAAUCGCUGGCCCCCCACAUGAGCGCGAUUCACGUUCGAAAACCCCUUCGACCGCAAGCUGGUCGCGAGAGGAUGAAAUUAAGCCGAUUAUAAUGCGUCCAGCUGAUUACGAUGCGAAAUUUAAUCGCGUCAUGCAGGCCGAAACCAAACAGGAAUAUUAUCGUCGCGCCGAUGGUGGCGGUGGAGGUGGCGGAGGUGGUGUUAGUAGCAACCGAGAACGCGAUCGUGAACGCGAGCAUCCAAAACUACGCGACUCUGAUAAGUAUAAUGAAAUCAAUCGUUUGUUGAACAAAAAACUUUCAUUGGAACGCGAAACGCCCGAUCAACGUUUAGCUAAACACAAACUCGAUGAUGCUGAGGAGUUUAACGACUCGGAUCCAGCUAGCGAUCAUAUGCCCGUGCAUCCGUCCUCAAAUUAUCGCAAAGAAAAUUUAACAGAUAAACAGAAAUUCAUCGAAUAUGCUGCAAAGAAGCAGUCCAAGUCAUAUGCUGUCGACGAAGCACAGCGCUAUGGCGGUCGUCAUCGUUAUGUCGAUCCAGCCGAUCUGCCUUUUGAACAAACCACAAGCCAUAAUAAAUAUGCGGCAGCUCAUCGUAGUACACACUCGCCAGAGCGUUCGGAUUUGGGACACUCGCGUUCAGAUUUGGGACAUACGCGCAGUAGUGAGCACGAUCGCGAUCGCGAGCGAGAGCCAGAACGUUUGCGCGAACGCGAACGUGAACGUGAAAAGGAGCGUGAACGUGAACGCGAGCGAGAACGAGACCGUGAUCAUGAGCGCAAAGAAUAUUCGCGCAGCAAUCAGCGCAAUCCAUACCGCGAACCCGAAAGCCUACCCUACAUACAGAGUAUGGAGAAGAUGAUGAAAUCAUCCGCAAUGCGUUACAAGGCAUUUGAUGGUGCAGUCGACCCGACGGCAGUAGCACCACCGAAGGAAGAGCUACACACAAAACUCAGUUCACAGCACAGCAAAUCGUCAUAUACAAAGCGGGUCAACGAUGAAGUGCGACCCAUAGAAUAUGCUCACUCAAAUGGACGAUCCGAUGUCACACCCAAGGAUCGCUUCAAGGAUGCCAAGGACAAAUUCCGCGCCAUGGAACGUACCGGUAGUCGAUAUGAUCUUGCCGAAGAUAAAGAUAUCAGCGAUUACAGGCCACGAAAUCGCGGUUCCGUUGAGCGCGCAGAUAACGGACGUCCAUACGCUGACUGGAGUGAUGAAGAGCGCCUCGAUGACUCACCACCACCACCGCCAGUCGCAGCACGUUCGCGCUCACGAUCACGCGGCCAACUCUGGGAGGAGAGUAACUUGCCACCUCGCGAAAUGAUACCGCCACGUGAACAUCAUUUGCGUGAGCAUGGCCGAGAGCGUGCAUUCCAGGAAUAUGCGCCAGACAUGCGUGCAACACGUGAAGCGUCAGGCAAACGACUCGACGCCCAUCGCGUAAUGCGUGAACGCUCCAACGACAUGACAGAUGGUCGCGAUCCCUACCGUGAUGCCUAUCGUUAUGAACAGCGCGCUGUGCGCGAUCACUCGCGAGAUACGCCACAUGUACGCGACGAACGCGAACGCGAGCGACAUCGCGAACCGCUAAGACGUGAGUACUCGCCCGAUGUGCGCGCAGCAGGUGCGCCGGAACAUCGCGCAAAUCGCCGACAACCCGAAAAACAUACAGAUUAUUAUCCUCCAGCCACACCGCCACCACCCACAACCGGUGCGCCGAUACCGAAUCCAAAAGGUAUAUCCAAUCUUACGAAGGGCUACCGUCACAGCUAUGCGGAGCCGGUAUUUGCACGCGCCGGUGGUCGUGUUGGCUUGGCGGCCGUUAACCCAUACUGAGAAAGUUUAUCCAAAAUGGAUCCAAGUAGGUAUUAACUUGGUUUCACUGUAAUAUUACUAAUAAUAUACUAAUUUAGCAUAAGUAUUGAAAAGCAAAAAAAAGUUGAAUGCUGAGUUAAAGCAAGUAUUUGGUAAAUUGUACACACUUAAUGAACAAUUUGUAAUAUGUGUAAAACUAAUUGAAAUUUCUUAAAUAUUUUUAAUCAUAUAUUGUAUCAAAUUUAUUGUAUUUGCCUAUGCCCAGCCGCUCAUGGAACUUAAUUAUACAUAUGUUUCCAGUAUAGCUGGCAUAUAUUUCUCUAAAAAU